AUGGCAACUUCUCCAACUGCAUCCCAGCAGGUUAUGAGUCCAAGCGUGCGCGCUUCGGCUGGCGGUGAUCCGGAUGCUACAGCUACAGAUUUGGUCCCAGCGAUGAUGAAUCCCAUGACCUUGGAGGCACAGUCCAGUGGUUUGGAUGGUGUGCGCCGUGAUGGUGCAGAAGGGAUGGAGCUGGGUUCCCAAGUGGCGACAACCGGAUUCGUAAGGCCAACGAAUGCUGUCGAACAGCAACCGGAUGUGGGCGCGAGGAACGGUUAUAAUCACCGACUGGAGUUUGUCGCAUCCUCAACGGAUUGGCUGCAGAAUGGUGUCCGAUGGAUGAGAGAAGCCUGGAGUGCAACCCGGGGUCCUCUUGGGUCCAGGGAGAUGUUCUUCGGGGCUUCCAGAGGUCAAGCUCGAAUGGCUGGACCCCUUCCUGGAUCUCCACCGCAGUCGUCCACCUGGAGCAACUCUCCGAUGAGUGGUUCCCCUCCUCAUCCGGGACAGCUGCCGAUACCAACUUCCUGGUCUGGUGAUGGGAGCCAUCCAGGAUCCUCACAUGCCCCUUUGUUCAACCAGCAGCAGCUCUUGGCGACGCAGGCCUCGCAACAGGCCUACCCCCUUCUGUAUGGACCACCCUAUCCGGAGGUUUUGGGACAUGGUGGCCCUCCAAAGGCGGCAUCAAGCAGCUCGGCUGGAAGUGACUUGCAGGCAGAAGUGAGAAAGCAAGUGGAGGAGUACAUGCGAGAACAGCAGGAUCGAAUGCAGGCAUUGAUGGAAGAGAAUCGGGCUCUGAGGGCGACGAGGCAGACACCGGCUGGUAUGGAUGGGCGAGCUAACGAGGCGGCGACCAUGUUCCAGUUCAGCUACCUGGUCAAGAGCUACCUCGCGUUCCAGCAGUGCUACCUGGUCAAGAGCCACAUCGCGUUCCAGCCGCGCUACCUGGUCAAGAGCCACAUCGCGUUCCAGCAGCGCUACCUGGUCAAGAGCUACCUCGUGUUCCAGUUCAGCUACCUGGUCAAGAACCACAUCGCGUUCCAGCAGUGCUACCUGGUCAAGAGCCACAUCAUGCUCCAGCGCUACCUGGUCAAGAGCUACCUCGCGUUCCAGUUCAGCUACCUGGUCAAGAGCCACAUCGCGUUCCAGUGCUACCUGGUCAAGAGUCACACCACGUCCCAGUUCAGCUACCUGGUCAAGAGCAUCUCAGUGUACACAACCCGCUACCUGGGGGCGGAGCAUGAUGGAGGACCAUGGGACCACCAGGGCUGGGUCGGCGCCACCAAGGACUUCGUUCCUCUCCCAGAUCUUCGGACCGAGACAACGACGAGAUCUAGGUCAUGUACCAAGCGGCUCUCUUUACCAACCUCCUCACCAAGGGAAUGUCUCCACCAGUCCGGUUCCCAUCGCCUCUGCUCCGGCACCGACAGGCUCAACGACUUUGCCAAGCCCUUUGCCAAAGGAGAUGGAGAUCCUGGUCCAGGUAUGACCCAACUGCAGUCGGCUAUGGUGAAACAGCUCACCGCCGAUACAAGUCCAAAGGGCCCAGAAGCAGUGAAACCUGGAGCCCAAGUUCCCAGUCUCCCGAGUGUGAGCGAGGAUAGUUCCAUUCAUUUCCAAGACUGGCUAACCCAGGUGGAGGCAAUCAUGGCUGACAUGUCCGACACUAGCAAGGAAUGGUUCCAGAAGGUGCUCUUGGAGGUCCAGGCGGCGUAUGAGAAGUACCUGCAGGAGCUGAUUGCCACCAGGAGGACAAGUGUCAUCGCGAUGCUCUAUCGGUUGAUGAUCCUCUAUCAGCCUGCUGGUGAGAGUGAGAGGACUCUCAUAUUGAGGAGACUUCAGGCUCCAGGCGUGGCGACUUCGGCUGGAGAGGCUGUACAGAUCCUACGAGGAUGGGAUCGCUGGUUCAAUCGCAGUCAAGCCAUUGGCAUCGUUCCUCCAGACCCCUAUGUCCUUGUCAAGGGACUCACGGGCGUUUGUGACAAGAUCCUCCCGGGCAUGAGAGAGGCCUCCUUCAGGGCGCAGGCAUCUUCUGUCGGAAAUGGAGCAGGUGGUUGCGGCCACACCGACAACGCGUUCAUCGGCAACUCCUUCCUCGUCCACGACUACACCUGUGCCGAAGACCACAACCUCGUCUCCCCGACGGUCCCGGCGACUUCCUCGAGUACCAGUCUGGCAUCAUCAUCCAAUGGCCCGGACACGGGAGUCCCCAAUGAGCUCAAGUCCUUGUUGGCCAAGACCCGCCAGAUGCUUCAAUCUCUUUCGGUUGGCAAUCCCUCCUUGAAGCCGCUCUCUGUCCACGAGGAAGAACGGGUCAACGACCUCUCCCAUGCCCUCCUGGACAGUGGAGUGAUGGUCACCUUGGCAGGAGAUGAGGGUAAGCUUCUACAUCAGGCUUCUACGGGAACCAUUUUGACUGAGCCCCAUCAUCCUGCUCCUCAAACCAUCCUACCGCGGGGCAAGCUCAUCGAUCUCCUCGAUUGCAAGGUCGACUGGUCCAAAGGUGGAUGUCGGGUGUGGCAUCCUACAAUGGGAAGGAUAAAAACCAAGUUGCGCGCUGGAUGUCCUGAGAUCACCGAUGAGCAGCAAGCCAAAGAGUUGGUGAUGGAUCUUGAGAGGCGACUCUUGGAGAAGAAUGUGGGCGAGUUGGAGACGAGACUGAGCUCCUUGGAG